CCAUGAAGGGGCGGGACCUGGCCGGUUGCGCGCGCAGAAGACCGGUGUACGGGAGAAGUUCAAGAUGGCAGCGGCCAUGUUCCGCGCUACGCUGAGAGGAUGGAGAACCGGCGUCCAGCGGGGCUGCGGGCUACGGCAGCUGAGCCAAACCCAGGAGCCUCCUGAUUACCCCAGCUUUGUGGAGUCUGUAGAUGAAUACCAUUUUGUGGAGCGCCUGAUACCCCCUACCAGCAUCCCAAAGCCACCGAAGCAUGAACACUAUCCCACUCCCAGUGGUUGGCAGCCACCCAGAGACCCCCCACCCGACCUGCCCUACUUGGUGCGGCGCUCUCGAAUGCACAACGUCCCUGUCUACAAGGACAUCACACAUGGCAACCGCCAGAUGACUGUCAUCCGGAAGGUGGAGGGGGACAUCUGGGCCCUGCAGAAAGAUGUGGAAGAUUUUCUGAGUCCACUGCUGGGGAAGACACCGGUCACCCAGGUCAAUGAGGUGACAGGUACCCUGCGCAUCAAGGGCUACUUUGACCAGCAGCUCAAAGCCUGGCUCCUGGAGAAGGGCUUCUGAGGGCCAGCCAAGCAGCCUGCAUGAUAGCAUCCCCCCAAGACUAGAGUCUGGGGGGUCUCGGGAGGAGUGAGGUGGCUGUUGGAGCAACUAGGACAGGAGGUAUAAAUGCCAGGGCUAAGAGCUUGGGCAGGGCGCAGUCAGGGCUAAAGGGCUUCAGAGCAGGCCUCGCUCACUUUAGGGGGAAUGUGACCCUCUCCACAGAUGCCCGUGGCGGGGAGGGCUGUCUGCCAGUGGGGACCCUGCCUCCGGUGGAGCUCACUGGGCUCACUCUUCAGAUUCUGGAGGUUGUUGACCGGUGGAAGUAACAGCCCAACCCAGUUGAGGGGCGGGUAGUGCAGAACAGACCCACUGAGUAUGUGUCUUCCUUGGCCUUCACACGCUCACUGCUGCAGACGUUCUCAAGCCCUUGCUCUGGGCCAGACCUGGUUUGGUGGCGGCUGUGGAGAACACACAGGACUCGGGCAUGGUUCCUGGAGGUCUUCAGUUCCAAGUCAAGUCACCACGGGGCAUAGGCAUAGAGGGCCCUGGUCAGCCCCUGAACUCGUUCCUUUCACCCAUGGAGAAGUAGGAGGCCCCUCGCCUGGGCUCCAUCCUUGGGAGAGUUGGGCCUGACUGCAUCUCCAGCUCCGCGAUGCUGAGUGAUUAGCAUGAGUUGGUGCUUCCACAAGGGGGUGCUCGGGAGCUCCCAGCAGUCAGGCAGAGCCAGCCUGCUUUCCCUGGUGGCCUGGUAUCAAGACUAGACAGCGGCUUCGCAGGAAGAAAGAUGCUGGCCUUUUGCCCCUGCCAUCCCGACCCACGCCCCCAGCCCGUGAACCUUCACACUUGCCCCAUCUAGGGAGCUACAAAGGUCAGAGGCCUGAGUUCCCACCCUCAAAGCCUGGCUCCCCUACUUGGCCUCGAAGGCAGGGAACUGAACUUCUCGGGGGCUCAGUUUCUUCAUAUGGCAAAUGGAGAUAGCUCCAGAACAGUGAAUGUCUUGUCUGACGAAACCCACGGCCCUGGGGAUUCUCAAGUCGACAGCCCGAGCAAGCAGCAGCAGCCUGGCGUGCUGUUCCUGUGACACCCAGCUCCACCAGUCACUAAGGCGAGUCUUUAUUUGGCUGUAUAUACAAUUUAAGCUAUUAAAAUUUGUACAAUAUUUACAAAUUAAAUAAUCAUCUGAAACGGU